AUGAACGGAAACACUGCAUCAGGGCCAGUGCCCUUAAUCAUUGAUGGAGUCGAUACCAAGACAGACCAUACCUUCGGGGUCUGCGACCCACAGACAGGUAUCGAGCUGUGGAAAGCGUAUGGGUCAACUGCUAAAGAAGCCAAUGCUGCCGCCGAGGCUGCUCAACGAGCAUUCCCUAUAUGGUCGGGGAUGAGCUAUCUCGAGCGAAGAGAUUUGCUACUCAAAGCCGCCGACAAACUGGCUGCUCGAAUUGAAGAGCUAAAGCAGAUUUCCAUGCAAGAAACGGCUGCAGCUCGAGACUGGGCUGACUUCGAUUGUGACAUGAGUGUUUUCAUUCUGCGCGAAGCGGCUAGUCUCAUAUCUUCUAUUACCGCUGAGUCGCCUCCAACACUCGAGCCCGAUUCGACCGCUCUGGUCUACAAAGUUCCUUUCGGAGUGGUACUUUCGAUCGCGCCCUGGAAUGCUCCAGUCCUUCUAGGAACCCGGUCUAUUGCAUACCCACUUGCAGGCGGAAACACAGUAGUGCUGAAAGCUUCAGAGCUGAGCGCACGAAGCCACUUUCUGCUUGCGGAAUGCUUCAGGGACGCUGGAUUCCCGCCUGGUGUGGUCAAUGUCGUGGCCCAUGAGCCUGCACGUGGUCCCGAAGUCAUCGGUGCGUUGAUAAAGCAUCCAGCUGUGCGCAAGAUCAACUUCACGGGGUCGACUAUUGUGGGUCGUAUUCUUGCACAACAAGCCGCUCGAGAGCUCAAGCCUAUCUUGCUUGAACUGGGUGGCAAGGCACCCAUUAUCGUCCUGGAAGGGGCCGACGUCAAAUCAGUGGCAAUGUCGGCAGCUUGGUCAUCCAACGCGCAUGCCGGCCAGGUAUGCAUGGCCGCGGAGAGAAUCAUUGUUCUUGACAGCGUUGCCGCAGAUCUGGAGACUGCCCUCGCACAGACUUACAAGGAGAUGUACCCGUCUAGCUCAUACAAACCUCAACCAGCGAUACAGACCUCUGGAGUGCAGAAGGUGCAAGAACUACUAGAAGACGCCACAGCGAAUGGAGCAGCGAUCGUCGCUGGAGAACCCACAGCUACCAGUGGCACAACACGAUCACUCCAACCUGUGGUCCUCAAAAAUGUCGAAAAGUCCAAGCUCUUUUACACCGAGUCCUUCGGUCCUGUACUAUCACUGAUAGUGGUGCCCACCAUGGACGAGGCUGUUCGUGUUGCGAACGAUACUGAAUACGGCCUUUCAGCAAGCGUCUGGGGCAAUCUGCCUGAGGCAAUCAAAGUGGCCAAAAGAAUUGAUAGUGGGGCGGUUCAUAUCAAUGGAUCUACAAUCCACGACGAGCCUACUCUCCCUCAUGGCGGGUUCAAGUCAAGCGGCACAGGACGCUUCGGUGGAAAGUGGGGGGUUGCUGAAUUCAUGACAACGAAGACAAUCAGGUUCAAAGUGUGACGAGUUGACAGUGCACGUAGAAACAAAAACGAGAUUACUACAAAGCUAGC